UACGACGUCGUUCUAAACAGUCGCCAUCUUCUACCUCCAAUCGAAAACCCUAAACCCUGCAAAAUCGGAAAAUUCCAAUUUGAGCUCAAUUUUUCCAGCCAUGUCUGGUAGAGAAGACGACGACUCUGAUGCUCCCGAAGAAGUCACCGCUCUACAGGGAAUUCAACAAGAUGAAGAGAUUCGCAAGGCUCUACAACUUAGUAAAUCCAGGGUUCGUCGUGAAGGGAAAGAACGUAGAAAGAAAUUGGCUGCAAGGCUAACUCCAAGACAGAAGUCAAAAGAUGAAGUACCUGAUGGUGAUGUUGAAAUGGUUGAAGAUGACGUGGAAGAUGAUGAAAGUAAGCAAUCCAAAGUGAAUACAGGGAUGCUUCCAUCUGACGUUGUCAACUUGCUUGCUGCUCGUGAAAAGCAAGUUUUCUUGUCAGAUUCCGAGGAUGAAAAGGAGGAGAAAAAACUAAAACCGAAGAAGAAAAGGGCCAAAUUUUCAGGGGUCGAAACUGUUAUUCUGAAGGAGUUACCACCUCCACAUUGUGUUCAGAACUCAUUGGAGUUUUUGAAGAAAAGGAAAAUGCAGGUUCCAAGGUCUAAUGCGGUGCUGAACAAUUCUAAGCAAGCUUUGCGGCUCCUCUCUUCUUCUGGCUUACUCAAGUAAAGAUGUUAUUCUCUGAUUUUGUUGUUUGCUUCAUAGGCUCAUAGCGCGUAAACUGAGAGGUGAAAAAUUGAACGAGUUUGUAGUUCUAUCCCGUCAUUUGAUUAUAAUUGAUUUAUGAUUACCUCUCAA